AUGGCGGGUGUUGUUCUUGAGACUCUGAACGUUUGGAAACUGGCCUCUUUCGGAGGCCUGAUGUUAGUUGUGCAGAUUUGCUUUUUCCUCAUUGGUGGCCUUAUUGCUCCAGCACCCAAUACAACGGAUCAAAUUAUCAUGUCAAAAUGCAUAGACCGCUCCGGAGACCCUCUAAAGUGGCAUUUUGCUAGACCACUUUCAAAUGAAAGUUGCCAAGAUAUGCUUCCAGAUGGCGACAUUGAAGAAGUUGUACCGCCGAAUGUGGACGCUAAUCAAAUCGUGUUUAUGGCUCAGUUCCCACACCCACGAGAUGGAAUGGAUUUACGUAUGACCCGGUGGUUUCAGCAAGUAAUGGGUGUGUUGAUGCUGGAUAUCAAACAGAAAUAUUCGCAAGAGUUAGGAAAUACUGAAAUCACAUUCGAUCUACGUCUUGGAUACCGUAAUCGUAAUGAUCCUCGACACGUUUGGCAUGAAUUGGCUCGUUCAGUUGAGGUUCGACCUCUGAAGUGUACACUUGAUCCGGAAGCUAAACGUCAUCAUGGGCAUUCGCAUUCACUUGAUGAGGGCUUUUACUAUGAUUGUGAAGUUUUACCGCUGUUUACGUUGGCUAGCUGUCAUCAUGAAGAGUAUUUGUUGAAUUUGAGAAUUCCUGUAGACGAAAAGCGCAAAAUUAACGUGGGUAUUGGAAGCAUUCAGGAUGUAUGGAUGGUAGAGAUUCACCAAAAUGGAGGGUUUACAAAGGUAUGGUUUUCCUUGAAGACAUUUUCAUUCCCAAUUGUAUUAUUGGCUCUCAUGUUUUUUGGAAGUCGUGUCAGGGAGUUAGAACGUCCUCCAAAUGUAUUAGAAAAAACUAUAUUUACUUUGGGAAUUUGUUUGUCUAUCCUGAAUUGUCCAGUUGAAUGGUUGUCUCUUAUAUACAAUUUUUCAUUUUGGUUAGUCUUGAGUGAUAUACGUCAAGGUUUAUUUUAUGCUACACUUGUCUGCUUUUGGCUGGUUUUCACCGGUGAACAUAUGAUGGCAGAUCCAGCUAGUCGUGUAAAGACUAAUUGCCUUGGAUUGAAAGGUUUAUACUGGCCAAGAUUACUUCUUGUCGCUGGUUGUUGUACUGCCUUAUUCAUAUUCGAAUUAGCUGAACGUGGUGUACAAAUACGCAAUCCAUUUUACAGCAUAUGGUCUCAUCCAAUUGCUGCUAAAAUGGGUUUAACAAGUAUUGUCAUUGGAGCGCUAUGUGCAUUUGCUUAUAUGAUCUAUCUGACUAUACUUGUUGUACAAGCAUUUAUACAAAUAUUGGGUAAACGUCGUUUAUUAAAUAAUCUGCCCGUUGAACAACGUAAAUAUUAUACUGGAGUUAUUUAUCGCUUUAUGAUACUCUUAACGUAUACAAUAAUAUGUGCUGGUCUGACAGUCUCAUUCUUCAUCUUUAAUCAGGUUACUGAAGAUCAAUGGAAAUGGGGUGAAAGAAGCAUAGAAUAUACCUCAGCUUUCAUUACUGGUGUUUAUGGUAUGUGGAAUGUAUACGUGGUUGCUGUCCUCUGCUUGUAUUCUCCAUCGCAUAAAUUCCGUAGUACAACUGGUCAAGAAUUAUACAAUCGAUUGUUAAUUAAACCGCCUGUCACAAUUCCAAUCACUACUUCUACUACUACUAAUGAUGAUAUGCCAGCAGCAGCAGCGACAUCAACAACAACUCAGGAUUAUGAAUUAGAUGUACUGACUGGUAAACAUUCAGAAAAAGUUCACUUAGUCCCUAGAGAGGCAAACAACAACAAUAAUAAUGAGUGUAUACAGUCAACUUCAUUAUCAUCAUCUACAGUGGAAUCAAAAUCAUAUUUCCUUACGGAUGGCUUGAAAUUCAUUCGUAAAGAAGCAUUUGAAUAG